AUGGAUUCAAGGGUAUCACUUGCAUGGGAGAUCAGUUCGCUCAAUCCAACCAUCAAGGAUAUGCAUGUGAACCCACCUCAACCAGAUACACUUAUAUCCGUACAAGGAUUUGUUAAAAACAUACGACAAUUUCGUAAAGUUGGGUUUGUAGAUAUCAACGACGGGUCAAUAUUCAAGAACCUCAAUGUCACAUUGAAGAAUCCUACCGAGAUCCCUGAUUUGAAAAUCGGUCAGAGUUUAAAUGUCAAGGGUGAUUGGGUAGUUAGUCCUGGUAAACAGCCAUUUGAAUUGGUGUAUGAUAGCAAGAACCCAAAUCACGAGAUGAAGAUUGUCGGUGAUAUAGCUGAGGAUUAUCCCGUCCAUAAAGAAAUGACUGUUGCCCAUUUGCGCCAGUUCCCUAGCUUGAGACACAGAACUUCCAGCUUGGCUUCUAUCCUCAGAUUGAGAUCGUUCUUGGAGACAAAAUUCAUGGAAUUUUUCAAUAGCAGAAACUUCACCAAGGUCACGCCACCAAUCAUAACCAGUUCAGAUUGUGAAGGAGCAGGAGAAGUGUUUAAAGUGGAACCAGUUGAGAAAACUGAAGAAGCUUUCUUUGGUAAGGACUCUUAUCUUACCGUAUCUACUCAGCUUCAUCUUGAAGCGUUAUCACUCGCCUUGAAUCGUGCAUGGACAUUGACCCCGUGUUUUCGCGCAGAAAACUCAAAGACGACUCGUCAUUUAAGUGAGUUUUGGAUGCUCGAAGCGGAGUUGUCCUAUAUUGACAAUCUUGACCAAUUGACCGGGUUUACUGAAGAUAUGGUGAGAUACGUCACCAAGUCAUUAGUUAAGGAUGUUUUAGAAAAGGGGACUAGUGCCAACAUUGAUGAAACAUUUGAAAGUGGUGAUGGAGCUGACUUAUUGGGCUCCUCAUUCGGUUCGAAUGAACAAGUGCUUAAGAGAUGGUCUGCUUUAUUAACCCCUGAUAAAUGGCCAAGAAUGACAUAUACCGAGGCAGUAGAGCAUUUAAACAAACAAUUACCUAGAGAAGAACAAAUAGUAUGGGGAGAUUCCUUAUUACUUAAGCAUGAAAAGCAACUUGCCGAGAAUUCACCAAUUUUCAUUACUGAUUAUCCAGUCUCACAAAAACCAUUUUACAUGUUGAAAUCCAAAGACUUUAAUCCAGAUAAACCUACCGUGGCCUGUUUUGAUUUGUUGAUUCCUGAAUUUGGUGAAUUGGCUGGUGGAUCAUUAAGAGAACACAACUACGAUAUCUUACUCCAAGACAUGAAGAAUCAUGGUAUGAACUUAGAAGAUAUGGAAUGGUAUUUAACAUUAAGACGUAAUGGAACCAUACCACAUGGUGGUUUUGGGUUAGGUUUUGAAAGAUUAAUUACAUAUCUAUCAGGAAGAGAAAGUUUAAGAGACAUUUCGGCAUUCCCUCGAGCUCCUUCCUUGUGUAGUUGUUAA